GCCGACCACUCCACCACCGCCACCACCGCCGCCGCUGCCAUGCCCUCGACAUACAAGAAGGACAAGCCGUGGGACACCGACGACAUCGACAAAUGGAAAGAAGAAGCCUUCACCCCCGACCAAAACGCGGGCGGGACGUUCAGCGAGGAAUCCAGCUUCGCAACCCUCUUCCCCAAGUACCGCGAGAUCUACCUCAAGCAGUCCUGGCCUAUGAUCACGCGCGUGCUAGAGAAACAUGGGAUCGCCUGUACUCUUGAUUUGGUGGAGGGUAGCAUGACCGUCAAAACGACGCGGAAGACGUUCGACCCGGCUGCUAUACUCAAUGCGCGGGAUUUGAUCAAACUGCUGGCUCGGAGUGUACCGUCUCCGCAGGCGGUGAAGAUUAUGGAGGAUGGCGUCGCGUGCGAUGUGAUCAAGAUUCGAGGUCUGGUUAGGAAUAAGGAGCGGUUUGUGAAACGGCGACAGCGCAUUCUGGGACCGAACGGAAGCACGCUUAAAGCCCUCGAACUACUCACCCAAACCUACAUCCUCGUCCAAGGCAACACUGUCUCCGUCAUGGGCGCUUACAAAUCGCUCAAGGAAGUGCGAAGAGUGAUUGAGGAUUGCAUGGCGAAUAUCCAUCCUAUCUACCAUAUCAAAGAACUCAUGAUCAAGCGUGAGUUGGCGAAAGACCCGGAACUGAAGAACGAGAACUGGGAUCGCUUCCUACCCCACUUCAAGAAGCGGAACCUGUCCAAGCGGAGGAAGCCGUUCAAGGUGGUGGAUAAGGCGAAGAAGGUUUAUACGCCUUUCCCGCCGGAGAGGGAGAAGAGUAAGGUGGAUCUGCAGAUCGAGAGUGGCGAGUUCUUUUUGAACAAGCAGGCGAAGGAGCGGGCAGGCAGGGAAAGGAGGGAGGAGAAUAUGAGAGCGAAGAUGGAGGAGAGGAGGAAGAGGAGGGAGGAGGCGUUUGUGGCGCCGGGGGAAGGUGGGGCGGGGGAGGUGAAGGCCAAGAAGAGGCGGAAGGAGCCAAAAGCUGACGGGGAGGAAGCGGGUUGAGUGCUGUUCUAUUUGCUUCGUGCGUGGUUUUAGCGUAGGCGUUUAGUGCUUGUAGGUAUCGAUCAGGUAGCAGUAGCUUCUCGCUGAUUAGCCUUAUAUUGUCCGGAACGCAAGUGCUUCAACAUCACAAACUCUGUAC